AUGCAGGAUGCGAUUAAGAUCCAUUACAGAUGCAUGCAUUUAUUCAACUUACCAAAAGUGAUUUGUGACCCAUUCCGAAGGCAGUAUGAUUAUAAUCGUUGCAUAAAGUUUCUCUUCGACUGUGAACUGAUCUCCGAAUGGGGCAGUGAAGAGGAACUGACUGGAAAAAGUCUAGAAGGUAAAGCAGAAGGAGGAGAGGAAGAACAAAAAACCAUAAAGACGCUUAAACCAACACCUGAAGAUGAGAAACUAGCAGCAAAGAUUGCUGAGGAAGAAAAGGAACUGGAAAAUUUGCUAAGGGAGAAGGAUAAGGAGGGCAAAAAACCUGAAGUGAUUGCUCCACCCACGAUUGCGGAAAAUGUUACCUCAGCCGUUCCCGUAGUUCCACAAACUUCCCAGAAAAGCGAACUGGAACUAUUGCCUUCAGCUACGAUUACAGGAAAUGAACCCUCGGUUGUACCCGCCAUUCUAAACACACCGAAGAAAACCGAGUUGGGUCCAGUACCUACACCUACGAUUGCUAACAAUAUCACCUCAGUCGUUCUUCCCGCAAUCGUCAACAUACCUCAAGUAGAAAACAAGCUGGUUGCUCCACCCAAAAUUGCCGAGACUGUUACUUCAAUUGUUCCUGUGGUUACAAACUCAUCUCAAACACCGAUAGCAACUGAGAAGACGAAGAAGGAAACGCCUUUGGCAAGCAGUCACCCAUUUUCUGCCGUUAAACUUUCUGUAAUAAAGUCUUAA